AUGCAGGCCUGCUCCUGCCCCUACUGCCGCCGCCCCCUGCGCUACUCCCAGCUGCGCCACGACGCCGUGCUGCAGGCGCAGCUAGACGCGCUGCAGGUCCGCUGCCCCAACGCCCCCGCAGGCUGCGGCGCCCUCAUGGCGCGCGGCCGCGUGGCAGAGCACCUCCGCGUAGAGUGUCCCUCGCAGCCGGCGGCCUGCGAGCACUGCGGCUUGGUCGCGCUGCGGCGGGAGCUCGCCGGCCACGCGGCAGAGUGCCCGGACAGGCCCGUGCCGUGCGCCAACGCGGCCGCGGGCUGCGGCGCGCUCGUGCCCGCCAGCGCGAUGGACCUGCACCUCGCGGCCAGCUGCGAAUGGCAGCCGGCGGCGUGCAGCGGCUACGCGGCGGCGGCAGGCGGUGCCAACGCCACUGCCGCGGGUGCCGGCGCCACGGAGUAUGGCACUCUGCCGGACGAUGACGGCGGCUGCCUGCCAGCCGCGGAGCUGCGGCUUGCCGAGGGCGGCUAUGCCUCCCUGUUUGAAGCGCUCACAGAUGACCCCGCAGCGGCAGCAUCGGCGCCAGCAGCUGCGGCUGCGGAGGCAGGAGGGGAGGAGGCUGCCCAGGGGGCAGAGGGCAGCGACUGGGAGGACGGCAUCGAGCUGGGGCUGCCCGGCUGCAGCGGGCGGCUGGGGGUGGCUGGGCUGGUGGCUGACGAGGCGGCGGAUGCGGCGUGGCGCACGGUGCUCAACCUAGGGCUGGUGGAGGCCAUGUCCUCUGGCGACUCGCUGGGCGCCGGCCUCCCCGCGCGCUCCAUCUACAUGGGCCUGCUGCGCGCGUGGGCCGCAGUGGCGCGAUACAUGGACGACAUCCAGGACCGCUGGUGGGAGGGCCGCGACGCCCGGGCGGGCCCGGAGCAGCAGCAGCAGCAGCAGCAGCAGCAGCCAGUGUCGCCGUCGGCGGGCGACGCGUCGCGCCGGCAGCACCGCCACCACGGCAUCGCUGUCGGCGCCGGCCGCGGCCACGCGCAGCACGCGCAUGGCCACAGCAGCCGCACCGCCGCCGCCGUCGCCGCUGCGUACGCCGCAGUGCAGCAGCAGCCGCGGCCGCAGCGCCGGAGGUUCCCGCUGGCGGUGUCGGGCCCCGCGGGCGGGGCGUCGCAGGGGCUGGACCAGGACGAGCGCGAGGAGUUGUGGGACGACAUCGGGCAGCUGGGAGUGCACGAGGCGCUGGCCAGCAUCGGCGCGCGCGCGUCGUGCGCGCUGUGGGGCCGCGCGGCCGGCGGGCGCGGCGGGGAGCGCGUGGGGGCGCUGGCGGACCUGAGUGUUGCGUGCGUCGUGCGGGACAUAGAGAUGGCGCGGGAGGAGGAGCGCGAGGACGCCGCCGCGGCCGCGCGGCGCGGCCACAGGCGCCGUGGCGGCGACGGCAGGGCCGGCGGCGGGGACGGCGCCGCGGCGUCGGACGAGGUGGCGGCGAUCGCGCGCGUGGUGGAGGGGUUCCGCGGCCUGCCCGCCGCGCCCGGCAUGCACGCGCUCGCGUGGGGCCCGGCCCUCGGCAGCGGCGGCGGCGGCGCGGACGGCGGCGACGGCACGGCCGCGGCGGCGCGGGCGCUCGCGAGGCUGCGGAAGCGCAUCCCCGCGCCGGGCGGGCGCGGGGCCGCGCCGCUGGCGGUGACGGCCGAGUUUCUGUCGGCGCGGCUGCUGCUGGACCAUUUUAUGGCGGAGCGCAUCGAGACCACCGGCAUCCCCACGACCAACGCCCACAUCACCCACGGCUGGCGCGCCUACUGGGCGCCCUCCCUGCUGCGCCUCGCCGCGUCGCGCGCGCCGUCCGCCGCGCUGACGUGGCGCGCGCUGUCCGCGGCCAACGACAUGGCGUCACGGCUGGCGGGGCGCGUGCUGUCGCUCAUGAGCAGCACCAUGUUUGAUGCGGGCGCCAACGCCGUCGAGGUCAGCGGAGACAGCGUGCUCGCCGCGCUGCGCCUCGCGCUGCCGGCGCCGCUAUUCGACGCGGCCGCGCCGCGCGCGCGCGCCGCGAUGGCGCGGUUCCGCGACGUCGAGUGCGAUGACAUCAGCAGCGUCACAUGGGCGCGGCUGGCGCAGCAGCUGGGGCUGACCUUCGAGACACUGGUCAGCCUGCUGGCGCUGGUCUGA